AUGAGUGACGGUCAGGAAGAAGGAAGGAGGCACAGUGAUGAUGGAAGAAGGGUUGAGGAUGAUUGGGAAGGUGCGGACGAAGAAGAUACCGACCGUGCGGGAGAGGAAGAAAGUAAGAUCGAUUCCGACGAAGAUCCAGCGUCGAGCCAACCGGAUACCAAGUCUCUCCUGCUGUGGGGCAAAGUGAUGCGAGAAAUCACCAAGGCCAGGGAAGCCUUUGAUGAUUACGCUGACCGUGAUAUGGACGAUCAGCCAGAACAGAGCACAGUGGAAAGAAGAAUCAGCCCAAGACAUCUCCACUUCUUCAGAACAAAACCCACAGGCAGUAGUAGUGAAGAUGAAGAAUCGGCUGUGGCCGAAGAUCCAUCCAGACAUGUUGAUGAAUCCAUGGAUGAUUCCAUCACACUCCAGGAUGUGUCCAAUCACACAGCAGCAGCCGUGUCUCUCGGUUUGGAAGAAUCCAGUGAGGUUGUUUUGCCAGUGAGUGAUCUUUGUGAAGAGCCCAUCCUUCCCGGAGCUUUUUCUGUGAGAGGAUCCAGACCUGAAGACAUUUCCACUGCGGAGGAAUCCAAUGCCAACCUCGUUGAUGACACAGACUAUAGAGAAUCAUAUCGGCCUUUGCCAGCUGUACCAGACGAUCCAGAGUCGGGCUUGGCCACAGCCACCCCAGUCCCAGACACCCCAGUCACAUUCCCCCAAGCAGAGCUUGAACGCGCCUUCUCAGAGCGUGCUUUAUCAGAGUCUGCAUAUGGAGCUGGCUGUUGUUUCGUAGUUGGGGUUGUCGUGCUGGCAGUUUUUGCUAUUCUCUUCAUGAGCUCCCUCAUGAGAUCCCCAUCACCUACAAGAGCACCAAUUCCAAAGACUCCAACAGACUACCUACUUUCGUUGCUGCCUGACUAUACCAUCAAAGAGAUCCACUUUGACAGUUACGCCAGGACAUUUUUCUUCCCAUCGUUGGUCUCUCCUCAAACCAAGGCAUUCAUCUGGACUAUCAACGACCCAAACUUCGACUCCUAUGAAACAUGGCAACUAAAGCAGAGGUUUGCACUGGCCUGCUUCUAUUAUGCUACAGGAGGAGAAACAAGCUGGAAAUCGACAGAGAAUUGGUUGUCAUACAAGUUCAAUGAAACUUACUGGUACUCCAAUCAUAUUCUGGAGAAAUGGGUUGAUUGGCAUGACCUCCUCUACACAUCUAAACUAUUUGAAGAAACAAGCCAUCAGCUGAAUCAUCUGUGGCUUGUCAAUAACAGCCUGGAGGGAACUAUACCUCCAGAGAUGUCUCUCCUGACGUCUCUAAGGACAAUAGAUCUCAGUGCCAAUCCAAGACUGAGGGGCCCCAUCCCUUCGGAGAUUGGCAACCUUCAUCGGCUUGAAAUUCUGAUGUUCUCAGAAAAUAUAAUGACUGGCGAGCUACCUACGGAGCUUGGCCAACUCACCAAACUCCUGAGUCUUAAAACAGAGAAUAACACCUUCCAUGGCACAAUCCCAUCCCAGCUGAGCAUGCUGGAAGACAUGAUAGUACUUGAUUUGGCUUCUUCGGAUCUCUCUGGACCCAUUCCAUCAGAACUCGGUCUUAUUACUCCCUUGGGCAUUUGGUUUGAAGGAAAUGAGCUGGAAUCCACCAUUCCAACUGAGCUGGGACUCACCAGGGCUCAUGUUAUAAACCUUCAUUUCAACAUGCUCACGGGCACAAUUCCUUCAGAACUGGGUAUGCUUUUGCAAGAUGAUAUAUCGUACAAACCUAAGUAUUAUGAUUUGCUGGAAGAGAAGGCUCCCAAGGGUUAUGAUAUCAAGGCCAUUCUGGACAUGGUGGGGACUGUACUUCAAGUGGGUUUUAAUGGUGUUAUUAUGUCUCAGAACUUGCUAACUGGAUCGAUUCCAACUGAAUUGGGAAGAUUUGCUGAGGGUGUUCGGCUGGACCUUACUCACAACUCCCUGACUGGGGCCAUCCCAAGUGAGCUGGGUUUACUAUCUAACCUACUCUGGCUGGGUUUGAGUGAAAACCAACUGCAAGGUCAGAUUCCUUCAGAGCUUGGGCUUCUAUCGAAUACGAAGUAUCUUCUUUUGCAUCAAAACGAUCUUACUGGGAGUCUUCCACAUGAAUUGGGGUCUCUGGUAAGCCAUGGAAGCUUGACUGGCCUGACAAUCAAUUCAACUGGUGUCACAGGAACCAUGCCGGAAGAGCUGUGUCGCCUGGGCAGGUGGAAUGGUUCUUCGUGGGAAGGUCUGGCAUUUGAUUGCAGUGAGGAUCUCUGUGGAUGUAGUUGGUGUCCUUGUACAAUGGUUUGA